UCAAAGAGAAUUAUUGAUAUUGUCAUGAACAUGACAGACAAAGAGAAUUUUAAUAAUGACAGAUUUCCAAUGUAUCUAUAUAACUUUUAGCAAGCAUACAAAUAUUUUGAAUACCAUUUAAGUUUUAGAAGUUUUACUUGCGAAGAUAAGGUAUACCUCUGCGGUAUAAGAUGGAAACUACUCCAGAACUAAUCACGUUUGGCGAAAUAGAUUUCACCGACGCCAAUUUAUUGAACAGACCUCCAUACAGACUACGAAGAAGUCCAAUCAUUGUUACCUUACCCAACGUAAAUAUAUCAGUAGUGGACAUUCAAAAGUUUAUGGAAACUGGGAUGAACGUUGCUCGACUGAGGACAUCCCAUAUCACAAGAGGGGAUAAGAUAAAGCUAUUGGGCAAGGUGGACAAAGCGGCAGCAGCACUUUGUGGUAAACACGCUGUACUCGACUGGCCGACCGCUUCAUGUAUUGAAUUGAAGACUUCUAUCGUGAGAACUGGAAUCCUACAAGACGGCGAAUCUCACAUAUUUCUAAAAGAAGGGAAUCCCGUUAUAUUGACAUGCAAUUUAGAAGAAUACGACAAAUGCAAUGAAAAAAGAAUAUUUGUAGAUAUUCCCGAACUCAUAACAGAAAUUACAGUUGGGACAGAAAUAUCAAUUGCUCAAGAUGAAAUAAUAAUGAAUUGCAAACAAAUUAUUGAUGAGAAUUCGAUUAAAUGCGUUAUUUCGAAAGGAGGUCAACUCAAAAGCUUGUAUCAUGUUUCUGCAAAAGGUAGAAAGCGUACAAGACCUGUUGUUACUAAAAAAGAUUUGCAAAUUAUCAAAUUCGCUUUGGAAUACCAGGUUGACAUGAUAAUCAUAAACUAUGUUCAAAAAGUGGAAACAUUAAAAAAAAUAAAGCAAUAUAUAGGAACUAGAGUAAAAAGACCAUUACUUAUAGCCGGCCUUUGUACCGCCGAAGGACUCGAAAACAUUGAUGAUCUUAUUGUAGAGUCGGACGGAAUAAUGUUUUCGAGAGAAUUUUUAACUUAUGAACUUGAUAGAUCGCAAAAGAAUCGCAUGUGUCAAUUGCAGAAAUGGGUUGGUGCUAAAUGUCAAAAGGCUGGCAAACCCUACUACAUAUCAGGAGGAGUUUUCAAAGAAGCAUUAUCAGAUGGCAUAUUUUGCAAUCGUGAAAUAUCUGACGUAACCAAUGCUAUACUAGAUGGCGCCACAGGUUUUGCGAUAAAAGCUAGUGAAAAUGUCGAAUAUAUCUUAAGAGCUAUAAAGGCGCUUAACGAUGUGUGCUGCGCGGUUGAACCAUUGGCUUUUACCAAAUCAAGUUUCAUUAGGAUAUUGGACGAGAUGAAAAUGCCACUAAACGCAGCUGAAGCGAGUGUGAUGGCAUGCGCAACGGCGGCCAAUCAGACGAAAUCUCGUGUCAUUGUAUUGCCAACGGUGACGGGAAGAACUGCUCGAUCACUGCUCUGGUUGAAGCCGUGUUGUAUCAUCAUAGCCGUCAGCGAGCGUACGAGAACCACCAGAUUGCUGAGCAGCUAUCGAUGUGUCGUACCUCUGUUGUAUCAUGCUCAAGCGCACAAAGAAUAUUACAAAGCAGUGGAAGCGCGAGUUCAGUUCGCGAUCGAGUACGCAGUAAAGAAAGAUUGGCUGGUGUACGGAGACAACUACGUGACAUUGCAAAAAGGUUCUGAAAGCAGCUCGUUCUGUGAUACGGUGAAAAUUUGGCGAGUAACCGUCUCCAGGAAGGCUCUGGUUGUAUGUCUGGAUGAUGAAAAUUAACUAUUUGAAUUAAUUAAUAACUUUAUAGUAUAAAUGUUUAAUUUCUAUGAAUUAUUUGAAUUAGUUAUGUUAUCUUUGUUAUUGCAUUUAAAUAAAACAAUUUUAAUUUUUA